CAGCACGUUCCGUAAAUGUAACUGCAGUGCACACUUUAAAACUGGAAGUGAGUCCAACAAUAUCGUUUCUGUUUUUGUUAUCGUUGUGGUGUGGACUCUAUUUUUAAAACUUUAUCCUUAUAGUUAUCGUUCUUGGUGUGAUCUGUCUUUAAAGUCGGCAUUAAACGGAAGUUACGAUAGUCUUUUCUUCCCUAUUGUGAUGUAUAUCAAAGUGAAACAGCUUCGCGAGCAAGAAAAAAUGUAGGGCGGGUCUUUAUUUUGUACUAUGGUGAAUUGAUUGGAUGGUUGUGUUUUACUAUUGCUGAUGUCAUGUGAGUGACAGGUUGUCCCGUCCUCAUGACAGUAAAAAUGUCAUCAAAGAAGAGAUGUCGCUGCAAGAGGGAGGGGAAGUUAUUUUGAUUAAAGAUUGAGGAAACGUGAAUAAAAAAAAAAGAAGUGCACGGAUAAAUCAUAUUAAUAAUAAUAAAUAGCCCGUAUUUCAUUAAAAAAGUUUUGAUGUCAUGGUAACUAAAUAGCAAUAACGCUUAUGUUUAUGUUUAUCAAUAAUAAAAUGAUUAUUUAUGACCGAAUUAUUUGUUGUCAGAGUUCGCCCCGCGGGGGCCGCGUGUAGAAAGUUGUCAGGGGCCCUAACGGCGCCCGUAGUCUGCUUCUAUUCUGGGUUUAAGGUCCGAGUGGGACUCGAGCGCUCUCUUGACGGGCCAUUUAACAGCAGCCAAAUGAGCACAAGAAGCUCGUCAUGAAUGGAGGAGCGGGCACACCUCCUCAACCCCUUUGUCCCAACGUAAAAAUCCACUUAGGCACCCGGCGGUAAUCAAUUUAGACGCAGAUGCGCGAGAAUAAAAGAUGAAUGCGAUCUGUAAUCCGCAACACCUGCUCCGCUGCCGGAUCGGUAACGGCACUCCAAACAAAGACUCGAGCUGGAAUUAAAGUGCUUAAUUAAAAGGCCACUGAUCAGCGUGCUAUUUAUAGGCGCACGGCGGGGAGACUCUCCUGGGUUAUUUCUGUUUUGGUGAGUCGAAAGGAAAACAUCAUUCGCACGUUUCAUAUACACCACCGAGCGUCAUACAUGAAGCCUGCCCUACUGCUCGCCGUUUUUCCAUUUAAGACGAGCCCUGUCAGAGCUGCGCUGCUGUCUUGUCUUAUCUUUUUUGAGGACUGGGAGACGUGCUUGGUUUCUCAAUCUCGGGCUGACAUUGCGCAUGCGUGAUCCGGCCGCGGCGCUGAGAUGCAGUUGUGGGAUGCGGAGAGGGGAGUCCCGGCUCUGCGUGGUCGAUGUUAACCUCUUUCUGGGGCCGAACAAACGCUACGGGUGGUCUGUUCCCUGGAGACCGCCUUGAGGAGGGAGGAGAGAGAGCGAGGGAGAGAAAAGAGGAGGCGGGUGCUGUCUGAGCUCGUUACAACAGUCACCAACCUGUGGAUGGUGGCGGCGCGUGCUGCGGAUUAGAUACAGUCUCGCGCUGGGGUCAGUGUGCGCGAGCCCGUCUCGAGGCGCGACAGUUGCCGCCAGGACCGCGACAACAAGUGCUGGACAUGCGGUGCUUGUGAAGAAGAGCUCUGGCUGUAUGAAUGGCCCCGCUAUGGACGAAGUUCCGUUUCCCAGAGUCCGCACGCGGCGGAGGAAAAGUCGCUGCUUGGCCGGUGCGUGCGAGCACGAGUUUGACUGCAAGGAGCUCGAGACUCUCUUCCAGAAGUACAACCUGAAGCUCGAGCAGAACGCCACGCUCAAAGCGCUGGCCAUCCUCAUCCUCGCCGCGUCCGCGUUGGCGCUCGUGGAGCUGCUGUCCGCCGGCUCGCGCUUCACCGUGUCCAAGGGCUCGCACCCGGUCCACUGCGUCAUCUUCACCUCACUCUUCAUCGUCACCAACGUCAAAUAUCUGCAGGUCACGCAGCUGCAGCAGAUCGCGCGACUCGCGCUGCUCUUCAGCUUCACAUUCGCGCUGCUCUGUUGCCCGUUUCCUCUCGCGCUGGGUCACGGGACGCAGGGCGCGCAGGGGCCUGACGCACCGAGCACAACACCUGAGCAAGGUGUCUGGCAGCUGAUGCUCGUUACUUUCGUUGCCUACUCUCUGCUACCGGUCAGGACGCUCUUGGCGGUGUUGUUUGGCAUCCUGGUGGCUGCGUCGCAUUUCAUCGUGACGGCGACAUCGUUAACGGCACGUAGACCUCGCGUGUGGACACCGCUGGUAGUGAACGCAGUGUUGCUGGUCGGCGUGAAUCUGUCGGGUGUGUUUGUGCGAAUCCUUACUGAGCGCGCCCAGAGGAAGGCCUUCCUACAGGCCAGAAACUGCAUCCAACAGCGCCUGCAACUAGAGGAUGAGAACGAGAAACAGGAACGCCUCCUAAUGAGCCUGCUUCCCAGGAAUGUUGCCAUGGAGAUGAAGGAGGACUUCCUGAAACCACCAGAAAGAAUCUUCCACAAGAUAUACAUCCAACGGCACGACAACGUCAGCAUCCUGUUUGCAGACAUUGUCGGGUUUACCAGUCUAGCUUCACAGUGCACGGCCCAAGAGCUGGUCAAACUCCUGAACGAGCUCUUCGAAUUUGAUGAGCUCGCUACAGAAAACCAUUGCAGGAGGAUUAAGAUCUUGGGAGACUGUUAUUAUUGCGUGUCCGGCCUGACCCAGCCCAAAGCGGACCACGCUCACUGCUGUGUGGAGAUGGGUCUGGACAUGAUCGACACCAUCACGUCUGUUGCGGAAGCGACCGAGGUGAACCUGAACAUGCGUGUGGGUUUGCACACGGGCCGCGUGCUGUGCGGGGUUCUGGGGCUCCGAAAGUGGCAGUAUGACGUCUGGUCCAAUGACGUCACACUGGCCAACAUGAUGGAGGCAGGAGGACUGCCUGGGAAGGUUCAUAUCACCAAGGCAACGCUGGAAUGUCUGAAUGGAGAUUACGAGGUGGAGCCGGGCUUUGGCCACGAGAGACACGCUUUCCUCAGCAAACACGCCAUCGAGACGUUCUUCAUCGUACCCUCACACAGACGCAAGAUUUUUCCUGGGCUGAUCCUAUCAGACAUAAAACCAGCGAAAAGGAUGAAGUUUAAGACAGUCUGUUACCUGCUGGUGCAGCUCAUGCACUGCAGAAAGAUGUUCAAGGCUGAGAUCCCUUUCUCCAACGUCAUGACCUGUGAGGAUGAUGACAAGAGACGAGCGUUGCGAACAGCUUCUGAGAAGCUGCGUAAUCGGACGUCAUUUUCGGCAGGAAUGGUGCAGAACUCUCCCGGGACCAGAGUGAACCGUUAUAUCGGCCGUCUGAUAGAAGCACGGCAGACGGAGUCCGAGACGGCAGACCUCAACUACAUUACCCUAACAUACAGGAGCAGAGAGAGAGAGCAGAGAUAUCAGCAAGUGUAUGACGAAGCCUUCAUCAGUGCAGUGGUUAUAUCGCUUGUCCUCACCUCAUUUUUUGCAGUGGUCUAUUUUCUCAUCAUUCCUCAAGGUCUUCUGGUUGUGAUUCUUCUGGUUCUUUGUUUGUGCUUCCACAUGGCAAGUGUGAUGUACCUUCACAUCACUCAUGUGCAGUGCUCUCCUGACUGUCUGACCCUGCAGAUCAGAACAGUUCUGUGUGGGUUUCUGGUUCUGCUGAUGUACUCUGUGACCCAGGGGUGUGUGGUGGGAUGUGUACCGUGGUCACUGGAGGGGAAUUCCAGUGUCUCCAUGGUGACAGUUGUCACAGUGAACGGGACCGCUGUGGGCUCCGGGGUGUGCAAAUACACUCCGUACGUAUUUUUAUCAUGUGUGAUGGCAUCUCUAUCUGUGGCCCUGUACCUUCGUGUGUCAUCACUACCCAAGAUCCUCCUGCUUCUCCUUCUCAACAUCCUCCACACUGUUGUCAUGGAGACCAGUGGCUAUCGGAAGGCCAUAGGAGGUGGAUUCUUUCACACACAUGGCUAUGACCCGGUUCUGGCAAUGCUGUUGUUUUCUGGAGCUCUGGUGCUUCACUGCAGACAGCUGGAUCUCAAACUCAGACUGGACUACCUCUGGGCCACCCAGGCUGAGGAGGAGAGAGAUGACAUGGAGAGAGUGAAGUUGGACAAUAAGAGGAUUCUGUUCAACCUGCUGCCUGCACAUGUAGCUCAACACUUCCUGCUGUCCAACCCACGAAACAUGGACCUGUAUUAUCAGUCUUACUCUCAGGUGGGCGUCCUGUUCGCCUCCAUCCCCAACUUCAAUGACUUCUACAUUGAGCUGGAUGGAAACAACAUGGGUGUGGAAUGCCUCCGGCUGCUAAACGAGAUCAUUGCUGACUUUGAUGCGUUGAUGGAUAAGGAAUGCUACAGAGACAUUGAGAAGAUCAAAACUAUUGGCAGUACUUACAUGGCUGCGGUCGGACUCGUCCCCACUGCGGGAUCCAAGGUAAAGAAGUCCGUUUCUGCACACCUGUGCACAGUGGCUGAUUUUGCCAUCGAGAUGUUUGACGUCCUGGAUGCAAUCAACUACCAGUCCUACAAUGACUUUGUGCUUCGAGUUGGUAUCAACGUGGGUCCAGUGGUUGCCGGAGUAAUCGGGGCUCGUAGGCCUCAGUACGACAUCUGGGGAAACACAGUCAACGUCGCCAGCAGAAUGGACAGCACUGGAGUUCAGGGCAAAAUACAGGUGACAGAGGAUGUCUUCCGCCUACUCUCUGGUUAUUAUCACUUCCUGUGUCGUGGCCAGGUCAGCGUGAAGGGCAAAGGUCAAAUGCUCACCUACUUUCUAGAGGGCCGAACCCCGCAAGGCACGCUCCACACGCAAUCCAAGAGUCUGGAACGUGGGUCGAGCCCCUGCAUCCGGACCAAGCUGGGGUCCGCGCCCGCUGUCAGCAGUUACGGUGUGAAAAGUCACACCGUAGGGCACAUUAGCACCCCAAAUAACAGCAUUCUGUACCUGCCCUCCGUAUCCGUUGACAUGGAGAUGGAGGUGUGAUCGCCAAGUAGACGGGUUCAACGGUGAUCAAUCGAUGCAUUAGUAAAUCAGAGGCAGGGAGGGAAACCGAACACAAGGUAGGAAGUGGGAUGAAGAACGCGGGGAGACGGGACAGUUUUGCACUGAGGAGAGAAACAUUCAAAUGUGCCAAACUGAGAAAGGCCCUGCCCCUUCACGCAAUUACAUAAUAAGCAUGUAUGUCUUUACGUCUGCACGUAUGCGUGUGUUUUAUUGAGUCUUCCCCAGACCAACAGGAUAUCAGGGUCUCCUACACGGGAGCAUGCGAUCUACUGCAAAGGCAGCUUCACACCAGCCGAGGAGACAUGUAUCCAGCGUGUGUGUGUCUGUGUGUGUGUGUGUGUUUUAUCUUGCAACUGAAAAUGUCAAGAGAUGCCACGGUGAUGAAUACUUCGAACACGUGAGCGGUGAGGACCAAACGUUCCGAUUCAAAACAGCGCUGUAUUUUGUACGUGACUGAGUCAGGCGACGAAAGGGAGAAACACGUGUUGGGGUUUUUUAAAAAAGACAAAGGGAAAAAAUGGUUCCUCAUAUUGAGAUGUGCUUUGAAUAAAUUGUUUACAUGAAGAACACGUCACAGGUUUACAGACCUGAUAGCAAAGUUAUUCCCAGCUCUUCAAUUUUCAGGCACUCGUCUGCGGGUAUGGAGCGAGAGAGAGAGAGAGAGAGAGAGAGACAGAUCGGCAGAAAUACUAAACAACCGCAGUGAAUCAGAGACUGCAGUGAUUUACUAGCAAACGCUAACGCUAUGCUGUUUUGUAAUCAUUUACAGAAAGUCGGUCGAGUCUGUGACGUGAGUAAAUGUUUAACUUUGCGUGGGUUGAAUCAGCACAGUUUUCCUGUAUGUGAUGUGAGUACGCACUUGGUGCUUGGACAAAACAUCUGUAUGCAUUUGCUGCUGCCCUUUGCCCUCUGGGAUAUCCUUUCCAGUAAUAACAUGACAAUAGAUCCAAUGUGAAAUAAUCUUGUGUUUGAUAAGCAUCAAGGACACAAAAUAUCGAUACAAUCGCUUCACUGCUUGAGAAGCCAGCACAAUCGAAGCUGUGUCACUGAUAAUAGGCUACUAUUCACAAAAAGCAACCAAAUUGGCUUCCAGUAUGUGAUAAAAUGGCGUAAUAUAAGUACAUCUAUUCCACAUAUAUUUUGUCUGUGGUUUUUCAAAGUGGCAGUUAGAUUUCAGAUUCUCCUAUCAACGGUAGCAUCUCUCACUGUGCUUGCGGAACGAUCUUUAACGCGCGGUUGAACAUGCAUGAUAUUUUAGUGCUGGAUGUGUCAUGUGCUCUGUAGAUCUUAGGUUAAACAUCUGGAUUUUAGUGCAUCUGUUUCAGAGCAUGCUCUCGGUUUCGAAAGCCUCACGAGCCUCAUUUCAUACGAGUUAAGAAAUAUCUUUUGGUUUACUUUAUGUGCUAUUACUGUAUCUUUGAUAGAUUUCCCAUGAUGCCUAGGGAAUGAAGUUUGGCUUCAAGCAUGCCGUUCUGCAUGUCCCUCUCAGCAUGCCGUAAUUCCGUCACGUCGCGCUAUUUGAUGACUGAUUUGUGUCUCUAAUGCAUGCCUACUGCAAAAACAAACCAAGGGUGAAAAGUGUCGAAGAUAUGUUGCGAAACAUGCUUUAGUAGCACUGCAUGAGCCCAGAAUAAUGGCCUUGAUGAAACGAACCAUCUUUUUUUGAAUCAUUAUCUUUAUCUGACGGCGUAUCCGCUUACCUGUUCCAUGCGCGGUGCUGUGGGGAAAGCUUUCUGGGAGUUUUGUAGCAUUGGCGCCUUGUCGAGCUCUUGAAGUGACUGCCUUUUUAUCCAGGGUCUGUAAGAAAAAGUGUAUUUCUUUGAAUAUGUGCCAACAUACACGGUUACCAACAUAUCAAACUGUGUUCUUUUACAGCGUAACUUUGCGACAUUGUGUGCAUUUCCAACUGUACUCUCACAUGGACGUGGGGCUUAAUACUGACUCGCAAAUGGGCUAUUCCUUUUUAUUUCGAUGUUUCUUUCAUGUAUUCAGGAAUGCUCUCUCUCUGAUUAUACUUUCGGCCGCAUUUAGCUUCAUUUACCAUCGAUACGGAAUUUCGCAUAUUUAUUAACGCAAAGUAAGGAGCUGUCCAUUCGAAUUCCAUAUCUGUAGUUUUUCGGUUUUUAUUUAAUGAAUAUGAAUGCCAAAAUGCUUAUUGUAUCACUGAAUAUUUCAGAUUCUAUGAUCCAACAAAUGUAGCCAAACAGCUAAAUGGUUCUAUUUGAUAUGGCUUAAUAUGAUCUAUUUUGACUACAGUGGCCUAACUUACUGAUGUUAUGAACAUUAAUGAUAUAUUAACUUUAAUAAUGCAUAAAGUGUGCACAGUAAAAUCAUAGAAUAGAUUUUCAUGUCGAUUAGAUAUUUUCAUAUUUGAUACGGGUCAAAAUUAUUGUACGUAUUAAAUAUAUUGUAGAGUAAACAAAAAGAGUAUUUUAUUGAUGAUUUGUAAUAUUUGUGCUAUUUUUGGGGUUGCAAUGUAUUUAUUGAGAUGGUUCUAUGUGAAUGUAAAUUUCAUAUUGAGAUCUUUUAUACUUGUGUUUGCACUGUUCAGGAAUAAAAUAACAAUGAGAGAUGA